CAUAGAAUUAUCACUUACCCUCUCUUUCUCCUCGAUUUCCAGCCACAAAUGCAGUAGCCAUUUGUUUGAUCAUGAUGUGAUCGUGGGUUUGAUGGAUCCUCCAGUCAAAAACACUUGUCACAGACGAGGCUCGCUCUCACGCACACUCUUCAAUCUCAAAGCAACGGCCACUGAGCUAGAACUUUUCUCUUGCACUCCUGACGGGUUUUUGUCUAUUUUGCAACUAAUUGUGAGAUUUGGCGAGGAAUCUUAACCUAACAAAGCUGCAAUCUUUGCAAGUGGGUUUAAUUCCCAAUUCCAAUACACUACUUUCUCGUUUCUGGGUUUUGUUUUUUCCGCACCGAAUCAUGGCUUCUUCAAUGCUAUAUGGAGCGGAAAAUCUCACGCUCACUAGAGGGGUAACCCCAAAACGAUUGGGUUUCUUGGGUUCUGGCGUUCAUGGGAAACAGUUUGCGAAUUCGGGUUUAAUCUCUUGCAGUAGAAUGUCAAAGGUAAGGACUCUAUCUCCCAAGUGUAGUUUGUCUUCUUCUAGGCCAGCUUCGCAGCCGAGGUUCAUACAGCACAAGAAAGAGGCCUUUUGGUUCUAUAGAUUCCUUUCAAUUGUGUAUGACCAUGUGAUAAACCCUGGUCACUGGACCGAGGACAUGAGAGAUGAGGCGCUUGAACCGGCUGAUCUCAGUAACCGGAAUAUGUUAGUGGUAGAUGUUGGUGGCGGCACCGGAUUCACCACUUUGGGCAUUGUUAAGCACGUGGAUGCCAAAAAUGUUACAAUUCUUGAUCAGUCACCACAUCAGCUUGCUAAGGCAAAACAAAAAGAGCCAUUGAAAGACUGCAAGAUCAUCGAGGGCGACGCGGAAGAUCUCCCCUUUAAAACUGAUUAUGCCGAUAGAUAUAUAUCUGCUGGAAGCAUUGAGUACUGGCCAGAACCGCAGCGUGGUAUCAGGGAGGCGUACAGGGUCUUGAAACUAGGGGGAAAGGCCUGCAUCAUUGGUCCCGUGUACCCGACAUUUUGGUUGUCUCGCUUCUUCGCAGAUGUUUGGAUGCUAUUUCCCAAGGAGGAAGAGUACAUUGAGUGGUUUCAAAAGGCUGGAUUUAAGGAUGUUCAAUUGAAGAGGAUUGGGCCAAAAUGGUAUCGAGGUGUCCGCCGUCAUGGGUUGAUUAUGGGAUGUUCUGUAACAGGUGUUAAACCUGCCUCUGGAGAUUCUCCUUUGCAGCUCGGACCCAAGGCAGAGGACGUGUCAGAGCCUGUAAAUCCAUUUGUGUUCCUUUACCGCUUCAUUUUGGGUGCUAUGGCAGGGGCAUACUUUGUACUGGUUCCUAUCUACAUGUGGAUCAAAGAUCAAAUUGUACCCAAAGGUCAACCAAUCUGAGAGAGAAUCGAGCUGCUUGUGAUCGAGUCCCAGAUUUGCAAAACUUCUUUCAUGGUUCAGAAAAUUUCUGCUGGUCAACUUUUCCAUGUGUUUACUCAAGGAAAUUGCAUGUGGCAUCAAGGUUCUUUUUGCUUAUAAUCUUAGCUGUGUGUAAGACGCCAGAAACUCUUCCGGGCAUCCGUUAUGUUUUCAUUUGAAUUUUAUGACUAUCAAUCAAUAAACUUUUUACUUACAAGGGCUGUGGUAAGAUGCAUCUCUUUUCAGCUUCACCCCA